AUGUCAUCUUCACCUUCAUCAUCACUUCAACAUCAUCAUCAUAAUCUUUUAGUUGAUAAAGAUUUUAUAAAUCUUUCAUCAAAUAGUAGUCAUUAUAAUCAUCAUCAUCAUCUAGCUCAUCAUACUGGUCAACAUUAUCUAUCACCAUCUUCUACUGCAUCAUCUAUCACAAACAAUAAUGGAUCACCUAAUGUUGCAUCACGUGUAUCAAGUCCUAGUGGAAGAAGACCUGGCCGUCCAAGGAAAACUGAAAUUUCAAAAGUUAAUAAUUCAAAAUGA